ACGAUCAAACACGAAACUGGUCGAUUUCCAUAUUGUCCCAAGAAGUGGAUCAUCUAACUGAAGAAAAUGUGCGCCAUGAGAGUGUUAACCAAGUGCAGCUUCCAUGCCAAAAGUUGCAAACCCUAUCUCACUCUCAAUUUCAUCGCACAUCAGCACCACGGCCAGUACCAGACCCGUCGAAAUCUUAUUCUUGAGACUUCCGCAUCUGAAUUCGUCAAGCUUCACAGACUCACCGGCCCUGAUUCCGGGAUUGUCCAAAUUAGCUUGGAUAGGCCUAAAGUAAGAAAUGCUAUUGGGAAAGAGAUGCUGCAAGGCCUGAGUCAUGCUUUUGAGUUGAUUAAUCAGAAAUCUUACGCUAAUGUUGCUAUAAUCAGCAGUUCAGUUCCUGGGGUAUUUUGUGCUGGGGCCGAUUUAAAGGAGCGCAGGGAAAUGAGUCAAUCAGAGGCUAAGACUUUUGUGAAUUCUAUUCGCUCCACAUUUUCAUUUCUAGAGGCUGUUUGUGUUCCAACUAUUGCUGUUAUUGAAGGAGUAGCUCUUGGUGGUGGACUUGAGUUGGCUCUUGCAUGUGAUAUUCGAAUAUGUGGUGAAAAUUCUCUCAUGGGUUUGCCAGAGACAGGACUUGCAAUAAUCCCUGCGGCAGGUGGAUCUCAGCGACUACCUAGAUUGGUUGGAAAAGCAAUUGCAAAGGAUAUUAUAUUUACUGGUCGAAAGGUUGAUGGCAAAGAGGCACUGUCCUUGGGUCUUGUUAAUUACUGUGCUCCUGCUGGUGAAGCUUAUUCAAAGGCACUUGCAGUUGCUCGGGAUAUCAAUCAAAAGGGUCCAGUAGCUAUAAGGAUGGCUAAAAAAGCUAUUAAUGAGGGGGUUGAGACUGAUCUAACAUCAGCUUUGGUCUUGGAAGAAGAUUACUAUGAUUAUGUGUUGAGUACUAAAGAUCGACUGGAAGGAUUGGCUGCAUUUGCUGAGAAGCGGAAACCAAGGUAUACCGGUGAGUGAUUGGAGUGUUCUUUUGCUGAUUGUGUCUCUCUCUAUGUUUCUAGUGAGGAACAUCUGUCAUUUAGAUUAGUCAUCUAGAGCCUGUAGUCAACUUCCUAGAUGAUGAAAUUCCACUGCAAUUUCACUGGGAACAAUCUCCCCCCAUUUGUGUACAGUCAUUUAGUAUCUAAAAUCACGCACCUUAAGACAUUGGCUUUGAGCUUUCUUUUUCCUUCAUUUAUAUACUAUUGACAUAAAGGUUCAACAUUUUCUUCUGGAGCUUUUGUGGCAAUAAAUUAAUAUGUUUGGGAA